CGUCAGAAACGCCGGCCUCUCCGCAGUCUAGAGCGGCCCCGGAAAGGCUGUGGUACCCCUGGGAGUGAGAGUGUCCUCGACUGGACAGCCGCCAGGCCCGCUCCUCCUGUCGGUGAUGGUUAUUGUCCUCCAGAACAGUGAUGGAGGAACUGUCGGCCCAGGAAGCAGCAGGAUCACCAAGGAUCCAGUUUCAGUCUUUGGAGACCCAGUCUGAGGGUCUGUCUCCAGAGCCUCAGUUCAUACAGGACACCGACAUGGAACAGGGACUCACUGGGGCUCCACCUGUUCCCCAGGUGCCUGCUCUUCCCCAUGAGGGAAGCCCAGGAGACCAGGCAGCUGCGCUCAUGACAGCCAGGUACCAGGAGUUUGUGACAUUCGAGGAUGUGGCUGUGCACCUUACUCGAGAGGAAUGGGGAUACCUGGACCCUGUUCAGAGGGACCUCUACAGAGAAGUGAUGUUAGAGAAUUAUGGGAACGUGAUCUCACUGGAUGCAGAGACCAGAGAAGAGAAGCUGUUGAUUCCUAAGCAGAAAAUUUCGGAAGAAGUACAUUCAUACAAAGUGAGAGUAGGAAGACUCAAACAGGAUAUUGCCCAAGUUCCUGAUACUAGAGAAGUGUCUAAGUCUGAGGACAGAUUAGAAAGGCUUCAGGAAAUUCUAAGGAAAUUUCUCUUCUUGGAGAGAGAGUUUAGGCAAAUAACAAUCAGCAAGGAAACCUUCACCAGUGAGAAGAACAAUGAAUGCAGUGAACCUGAAAAAAGCUUCAGUCUGGACUCUACCAUUGAUACAGAUCAGAGAGUUCUUAGAAUACAGAAUAUUGAUGACAAUGAUAAAUAUGACAUGAGCUUCAAGCAGAAUGCAGCUGCUGAUAAACAUGAACACAUAAAUCUAACACAGAAUUUUCAGAGUAAUGAGUACAAGGAAAGCUUGAUGGAUCUCUCCCACCUUAAUAAAUGGGAGAGCAUUUCUACCACUGAGAAAUCCUAUAAGUGUGAUGCAUGUGGGAAAAUGUUCCUUCAGAGCUCAGCCCUUACUAGACAUCAGAGAAUCCAUACUAGAGAGAAACCCUACAAAUGUAAAGAAUGUGAAAAAUCUUUCAGUCAGAGCUCAAGUCUUAGUCGACAUAAAAGAAUACAUGCCAGAGAAAAACCCUAUAAAUGUGAAGCGUCUGAUAAAUCCUGUGAAGUGUCUGAUAAGUCCUAUAGUCCAAGUUCAGGCAUAAUUCAACAUAAGAAAAUUCACACUAGAGCCAAGUCUUAUAAGUGUAACAAUUGUGAAAGAGUCUUCAGUCGUAGUGUGCACCUUACUCAACAUCGGAGGAUUCACAGAGAGAUGCCCUGUAACUGUACUGUAUGUGGCAGUGACUUCUGUCAUACUUCAUACCUAGUUGAACAUCAGAGGGUCCGCCAAGAAGCGAAAUCCUGUGAGUACGAUGAGUGUGGGUUGGCCUAUAUUAAACAUCAAGGACUUCAUCUCAGAGAAAAGCCCUAUACAUGUAAUGAAUGUGGAAAAGACUUCAGAUUGAAUUCACAUCUUAUUCAGCAUCAAAGAAUUCACACAGGAGAGAAACCACAUGAAUGUAAUGAAUGUGGAAAAGCUUUCAGUCAAACCUCAUGCCUUAUUCAGCAUCACAAAAUGCACAGAAAAGAUAAGUCAUAUGAAUGUAAUGAUUAUGAGGAAAGUUUCAGUCAUAGCUCAGAUCUUAUCUUGCAACAAGAAGUCUUCACCAGACAAAAAGUCUUUGAUUGUGAUGCAUGGGAAAAGAACUUCAGUCAGAGAGCACACCUGGUUCAGCAUGAAAGAAUUCAUACCAAAGAGAAACCUUAUGAAUGUAAUGAACAUGGGAAGACAUUUAGUCAAGUUCAGGCUUCAUUCAGCAUUUGAGAGUUCACACCAGGGAGAAAUCAUGUAGAUACUGAAUGUGGUAAAGCCUUCAGUCAUAGCUCAACCUUUACUCAGCAUCAGAAUUCACACCAGAGAGAAACCCUCUUGAAUGUGACAAAUGUAGGAAAGCUACUAGUGUUGAACUGUUAACUCCCACAAAUCCAUGCCAGUGCGAAAAUCUAUGUAUUGAAUGUGUUAAAUUCUUCAUGCUAUUUUCAUACCUUAGUCAUAAUUGGAAAGUUUAUACUGGAAUAAAAUUCCAUUACUGAAAUGAAUGUGAAAAAGCCAUCAGUCAAACUACGUUAUUUGGUAUCAAAUUCAAGUCAUACAGAAAGCUUAUGAAUGUAAUAAAUAUGUAUGUGUGUGUGAGGAGAUUGUCAUAACCCAGUGCUCAUUCAGUAUCAAAGGAUCUAUCCCCAAGAGAAGUCAUUUGAGUGUAGUAAAUGUGGCAAAUCUUUCUGUAGUUCAUCUAGUCUUUGUCACAAUCAGAAUAUCCGUACCAGAUGAGAAUUUGAUAUAAUGCAAAUGGAAAAAUUUGACACCAUAUUUCAGGCUGUACCCAACGUCAAGAUAUUGGAGAGAAAAUUGUUGAUUAUUUGUAUAUGAAAUUGUUAAUAUAUAUUAACAUAAUCCUAAUCUUCAUUGCAAAAGAAUCUAGUCUGAGGGGUGACAUGGUGAAUGCAGUGCCAUUAUCUUGUGGCAUUCCUUUAUUUAAUAAGUGUUCUAAGUAGGUAUGUAUAUUUUAUUUAUAGGAUCAGUGAUUUUUAUUUUAAUAUGGCCUAUAAACAUUUUAAUUUUUCUUGAAAUUUGUUCUUACUGUUCACAACUUCCAUAAGAUAUCGUUAAUGCACCAGUGUUAAACAUCAGCUUCAAGUAGCCAAUUUAGCUUUUUCUGCUAUUCUCUGCCUAAGUUCUCUCCAAAAUAGACUCCUAGGCCUGCUCUUUUUAAAGGACCCUACAUGGUAUUCCUUUACAGCCACAACACUUGGAUUGCUGUUGAUUUCUCUAUUCUCUUAAGCACCUUCAAAUGAUGGUUUCCUAGUUUUAAGCUUUUCACCAGUAGGUAUGCUGUCUGUACUUGAUGUUACUGUUCUGGUGUCUUUCCUAAAGCAAAGCAUCUUUUUGAAAGGAAUUGGAUUUCCACAUCCAGUCCAUUUAUAAAUAUGAAGGGUUUGGUUUUGCCUGAGUUUGUGGCAGGCAGCUAAACAUUUUCAAGUGACACCCGAGUUUUUAGCUGCCUUGUCUGCAUCCAUAGCCCGAGAAAAGAGAUGCUAAGGACAUCAGGGAGCCAACAAGACUCCUGGUGGCCUAACUACAUUCAUUUAGUGCCUAUUCUGCAUGCCUAAGUUCAGAAUUCUUUAUAUACCUCUAUUUAUGGCCAGCAAAAUGCUCAGGUCUGCUUUUGAUAGGGCAAACAUAAGGAACCUAUGAAAAAAUCAGCAUGAUAAGGAAAUUCAGUGUUCCAACAAAGAUAAUGCUGUUCUUAUUACUGUAAUGUCUUUAGAGACAGUAUUUCAAGAGAGUGGCAGGUUUGUUCCCGGUAAAAUUUUAACCAUUUUGAUUGCUGCUUUAUCUAUUUGGAUGCCCUUACUCACAGUCUCCCCUCAUCAAUCCAGGGUAGUAUUUGAAGUGUGGGAGCUUUGUGUAUAAUUGUUCAUUCAUCACAUUUUUGUAUUUUAAUGGAGUCUACAUGCCAUGUAAAAGAACAUGGCUUUUUUGAUUGAUAAAAGUGAUCACAGAUGUUGGCUCCAGACUUUAGGGUCACUGUCACAUACCUAGCAAGAAUUCAUGAUUCUUUAGGUCAUGUCAAAGCAUUUUAUUAUAUUUUUCCUUAAGUUUUACAUUUAGUGAAUAAGACAAGUGUUAUUAAAAAUUCUAGUCCAGCAAUUGAGGCUUUUAUAGUUCAGAUGUUAUAAUAUUCACUAGGAAUCCUCAACAAAUAUAUGAAAAUUUAUUGCUCACUCUCUAAGCCUCUUGUAGUUAACCUCUAGGAUAGUUCUGCCACUAUAUUUUACUUCUUAGCCAUCAGCAAGAAUAGGAUCUCAUAAAGGCAAGGUAGGGAUCUAAAUGAAAUUUAUAUAUAUGUAUGAAUGAGUUGAUCUAAAUGUAAAAUGAAAUGAAAAAUGCAUGUUUUUUCUCUAUCAAACAUGUAUACUUGUACUUGCCAGUAGCCACCUGUGCUGACUGUGAAACCGGAUUACAUAAUCCUUAAAAAGCAGAAUAUGUAAAAAUCACAUGUAUGCAUUUGGUGUAGGAAUGUUCUUUUGUACUUCCACUUGAAUAAAGGUGUGUUUGAUAUUCUGA